AUGUUUGCAUUCCAGUUACUGUUCUUGAACGGAGACAUCAGAAGCAACACGUGGGGAAACGUGUCCUUGUCCGUUUCCCCUUGCCAUACCGUGUUGGAGAGGAUUUUCGACCUGGAAAUGGAGAUGAAAAGAUUCGAUGCGAGGCGGGAACGUACGCCUGGAUCCAAGAAAAUUGCCCUGAAAUACCAAUUCCACGUCUUUAUGGGUUUGGGAUGGCUUCUGGGGAAACUUUCACCCAUGUUGGGAACUGUUCCAUCCUAUUUCGUUGGAUACAGUAUUUCCGCCGCCGAAUGCUAUCUUUUCUCGGCUGUAAGACCCCUUCGGAAUAUGUCCGUCACCAGAUCCAAAACAAUUUGA